CCCUAAGAAAGUUCCAGUCAGUGAUUCGUUCAAUAACAGCCACGUGUCUCAUACAGAUUCUCUCUCAGAACAAAGUGCAACAAUUGCUUUCGAAUUAGAUGCCGAAGGACAGACGGUGCAACGUGAUUGGCUGAUACAAUAAUUAUCCGGAAGAAAAAUGGGCAACAGUAUGGAACAAAGAAUAAUUCCUUCAGAGCAUCAAUCAUGCAGACAUAGAAUGAUCUGCAUCAAGCAAUGGAAUAUUGAUUAUUUCUUCAAAUUAAUAGACCAGGACUUAGAGGAUUUCUUUGUAACGGAUCCUUGCUGCAAGCUGGCUGACAAUUACCUCAUCGCCAUGGUCUUCACGUAUUUUCUAAGAGCGUCCCUUUACCCGGAGGAGUAUACGACGUUCAAUUUUUUUGUAGCCUUAUACCUGGCACAUGAUAUGGAGGAAGACGAGGACAAUGUUAAGCCUGAAUUGCAGGCGUGGGCAAGGGCUGCCCACUAUCAGAAUAUAAGUUUGAAUAGCCUUCUACAGCACAGAGAUAAUUUGUUCCGUAGAAUGGAGCAUCGGGGUGCUGUUUCUCGUUUGUGCUGCGAUAUUGUAAUGCGUUCUUUAAAGCCAGAGCACAAAGUCUGGCAUCGUCAAAGGCACAGCAAUCAUUCUGGAGCUGCCAGCGAUUUUAAUAGAAAACGGGACACGUGUCCAAAGUGUACACGGAAUCGAUUUUCGCAGUCCUCCACGUCGUCUUCGGAGUGUAGUCCUGAAGCCGUACAUAUAAUGAAGCCAAGAAGAACGAUACUGAACAACGGUGCCGUAAAGAAAAUCAGGACUGAGUCGUAUGAUUCUAUGCGCAAGAAAAUGGGAAAAGUGAAAAUAAGCUUCACGGUCAAAGAAAUCCAAGAGGCUUCGCGGGGCGAAAGUCAUUAAAAAUAAAAUAACGGUAGUCUAAUUAUUACAUACAGAAUAAGGGCAGAGAGAGAGUCUGGUCUAAUCGUUUAAUUAUUCAUAAUUUAAGAACCAAAGUUCCUUACAUGAAAAAUCCUUCGUCUUAUUUCGACUUUGUUGACGUAUCGUUAAUUAAGGAGAAGUAGAUUUUAUACGCCGACGUAAUAUUAUAAAGAUAUAUUAAAUCAUUAUCGCAAUAGUACAAAUACAAUGUUCAGUACAAUGAUUGACAGUACAGAAAUAAGUGAGAUUUAAAAUAU